ACGAAAGACGUGUUUGAAGUCUUGAAUUGAAAAUCAAUUAAGUUAUUAGUAUGUCCAAGGAAGUGCAGACGAUUCUAAAAAGUGAAUCAAUAUGUUCUUUAUGUAAACAAACAACUUAAAAGUGUAUGUGUUGUGGACGUCUGCAGUGCCCUACAUUUUAGACUACUCAAAUGGAAGAAAGUUGUAUGCCAAGAGCGUUUCAUUUCAAGGGAGUGACCUAAUAUUUAGCACAUUUAAGAUGCUACCUCCGUGAUGGAGUAGUAUUUCUGACUUAAAAAAAAAUAAGAACUCUUGUUAUGUAUACUAUAGUAGAAAUUUUUUUAAGUGUAGGGGUGCUAGUCACUCUUAUAACAGCACUAUCAGCCUGUGUCUGUGGAUGCAAGAAUUCUAAUCAAAAAAAUGAAUUGCUUGGGACAGCUGGUGUUGUCAAAAUACAUUUUGAUGAGGAGGCUCCGUCUCCAACACCUACCACUCCCGCCUCAAUUAAACGGGCAUCGACGCAGAAUAGUCAGCGGAGCCUACCAGAAAUACCCCAGCCGGUCGGCAGGCACGACAGCGGAGACACGGCAUCUGAAAUCUAUGCUACGGUGAAUUUGGUGGCUGCUAAUAAGACAGUAGCGACGGCGUCGACAAGUCGGGAUAAUCCCUACGAACACGCAUAUGCCAAAUUACAGAAUGAAGCACAAAACGUAACUGUUGAAAUAACCCCAGAACAGAGGUCUAAUGAUGAAUUGCCAAUAGACGAAAGAGAUGCGGCACAAACUACAGCUGGUGCGUUGACUAUACAGUUUUAUUAUAUUCAUUAA